AUGUCCGGUCGUGCCGUUUCGAAUUCUCAACAUGCCCAGCAGUCCUUCGGUUCCGGUCCUCAAAUCUAUCGUGACGUCGCUGAAUUGCACGCUGUGCCAUCUCCGUCUCACGGCGCAUUGAUGGAUCACUCACAUUUUGACGAUUUCGCGUUUGCUUACCAAGGUCUUCCUGACCAACCUUCUCUCGUUUCUCUGGCCGAUCACGCCCACGCCCACGCUUCGCAAUCACCCACUGCAUUUUCUCAGCACCAGGCGAUGUCUGGACUCGCACAUAACGGUUUGCCAUUUGGCACCCUCCCUGGAGGCAACCGGAGCCAGAGCAUGGAUGGCUCCGAUGCUCCUCCAGAUAGGACGUCUCCCGCAUCCAAUGUCCUCGAAGAUUCGGCUACAGAUGAGUUUGGAUUGGCUUCCCGUAGUCGUGCAGAUGCCACGGAUUUGGGCGGUAAACCCAAGGAGGAUAAAGCCGAUGCCACACCGGCGUGGAGUGAGCUGAAGACAAAAGCUGGCAAGGAAAGAAAACGCCUACCGCUCGCGUGCAUUGCAUGCCGCCGAAAGAAGAUCCGCUGCUCGGGCGAGAAGCCUGCCUGCAAGCACUGUUUACGCUCUCGUAUACCAUGUGUAUAUAAGGUCACCACUCGAAAGGCGGCGCCACGAACAGACUACAUGGCCAUGCUUGAUAAGCGAUUGAAGCGAAUGGAAGAACGCAUUAUCAAGGUCAUUCCCAAGUCCGAUCAGGAAGUAGCUUCGUCCGUGACUCGGGCCGUUGUUAAACCAGCGAUACCAGGAACCGUACCUUCAAAUAAGGCAACCAAAAAGCGUGGCGCCGAGGAAGCCUUUGGACCUGAUCUAGAAGCGUGGGCCAAGGCGCCCUCGAAGCCCAAGAUCGAUGGCGAUGAUAGGCCCAGUAGCCUACAAGUACAGGAAGCCGAAGAGAAUAAGCUUCAGCAUGAAGGCACUGAGGCACUACCCUCCAAAGAAAUCCAGGAGCACCUGGCCGAGGUGUUUUUCGACAACAUCUACGGUCAAUCAUAUCAUCUUCUCCACAAACCCAGUUAUAUGCGAAAGCUGAAGAAUGGUACGCUGCCCCCAGUGCUUGUCCUCACAGUGUGCGCUGUAGCUGCUCGUUUCACUUCGAGCCCACUAGUGAAUUCUUCGGGACCAGAGUUCCUACGCGGCGAAGAAUGGGCGUCACACGCUCGAGAUAUCUGUACCAGGCGAUACGAAUGGCCAAAUCUCACAAUUUUGACCUGUCUCCUCAUUUUGGGCCUUCACGAAUUUGGAACAUGCCAGGGUGGCCGUAGCUGGGCUUUGGGCGGUCAAGCAAUUCGCAUGGCCUUCGCCCUUCAGCUGCAUAAAGACCUCGAGUAUGACCCCUCUGGUCGUACUGGUCCUAAAAAACAGCUUAGCUUCAUCGACCGAGAAAUUCGACGACGUAUAAUGUGGGCGUGCUUUCUCAUGGACCGUUUCAACUCUUCGGGGACAGAUCGGCCCAUGUUCAUCAGAGAGGAUACGAUCCAGAUUCCUCUGCCGGUGAAGGAGAAGUACUUCCAAUUCGAUAUGCCUGCUCCAACCGAGAUGCUCGAUGGUCAAGUUCCUCACCCAGCAUCACCCAAUGAUGGGCAACUUGCUGAUGCACGAGACAACAUGGGAGUUGCAGCAUUUCUGAUCCGAGCCAUCGCCCUCUGGGGACGAAUCAUUACCUACCUUAGCCAAGGGGGAAAGGAUCUGGACCCAAACCCCAUGUGGGAGGACGAAUCUCAAUAUGUGAAGCAUCUCAACGAUGUUGUGAAUCUUGAAGCCAGUUUACCUUCGUCACUCAAGUACUCCGCUGAGAACCUUGACGUCCACAAGACAGAGAACACGGCAAGUCAAUUUCUUUUCAUGCAUAUCUGCCUGCAGCAUAACAUCCUUUUUGUGAGUCGAGCAGCGAUGUCAGCGCGAAAGCAGCAAGGUGUUCAUGAUGACUUUUUCUCUGGAGCGAGUAAGAGGACUUUCAGUGCUGCGAAUCAGAUAUCUGAGCUCCUUCGCGAAGCCGAACAAUCGCGAUGCUUUGUUUCGGCACCCUUUGCUGGAUACUGCGCCUUUUCCUCCACAACAGUCCACAUACUGGGUGUCAUAUCUGGAAAUCCCAACAUGAAGCCAACAGCCGAAGCCAAUCUGACCACCAAUGUCAAGUAUCUUCACAAGAUGAAGAAGUAUUGGGGCAUGUUUCACUGGAUGGUGGAGAAUGUGCGCACUCAGUAUCGAAAUGCCCUAGACGCUAUGAGAGCUGGUGCAAAUCUGCAAGACCGUGCAGCGCAAUCGUCUUUCCUUCAAUACGGAGACUGGUUCAACCGGUACCCGCAUGGCCUCUCUGAUGCCGAAUUCAUGGACCCUGCCACCCAUAAACGGAAGGAUUCGGGAGCAGAUGGCGUUCUGGAAGCGAAGCCCGAGCUGCAAUCGGUGGAAGAAUACUUCUCCACGCUUCCAACACCCCAGAGUGUUGAGCUUAAGGAUACCGUUCGCGCUGUGGGACCUAAGAGGAAGCAGAGCGCCAAGAAACAAGCUGGUUUGCCGACUCAGUCAGGUCAGCAUCUCGAGUCCAUACAAGGGACAGACGCAGACUCGGUCUCUGGGGCUCAGGAACGUAGGUUCUCGGGUGGAUUGGGACUGCCCUCUAACAGUUACAAUCCUCUCGCAGUAUCAAACGCGCAAAACCCAGCUUUUAGCACAGCUAUGUCACCUAUGAGUCCAGCCAACAUGACGGCGUUCUCCCAUCAUGCCCACACCCCCACAUUCUUCCCUCCUGAGUUGCUAGCCAUGAACUUUGGACAGGGCGCAAAUGGAAAUAUUGACCCCCUCGAUCGUCAGCUUGUCUUCGGGGGAUAUUCCUUGGACGCCAGCACGGGGUUGGGUGGUGGUCAGGAUAUAAUGAGCGGCCUUGACUGGGACGCUGUUGCUUCGGGAACCCACUCCGAUGGAGGCUUACAAGGUCGGCGAUCUGCGGCUAAGGCGGGCAUGAAUGGGCAAGCAGCUGGUAUAGCUGAUGGAGCAGGGCUUAGCGGACCGGAAGCAUCGUCCGCAUGGUUCAUGCCAUUCAACAUGGAGCCUCCAGAGAUGGGCCAAGAUCCCGGCUUCAACAUGGGUGGAAUUGACCCAUUUACGGGAGUAUUUGGGGGAGGGGGUAGUGGUUUGGCAACGCCGAAUGCAUUGGGUGGGCUACAGCAACAGGGUCCUUAG